AUGGCUGAGGGAGGGUCUGCGCGCAUAUUUAAAAGAAGGCCUAAAGCCAAGGAAUCAAUGUCAAGUCAGGGAGUUUCCAAAGAAUUAUUCCAGAUAUCAGCAGUGUAAAAACACAUUCAAGAUGAGCUCUCAUCCUCCAAACUGAAAAUCACUUGUGCUUGCAAUGAUCACAGGUUAGGGAUGCAUCAGGUCAAACAGAGACAUCUGAAGGAGAUGCCAGUCACUCACAAAUCUACUCCCAUCCUUAGGACGGAUCAAGAAUGGAGUGGACUUGGAAGAAGUGUAGGCUUGAGACCAGUCCUUAAGUCCAACCUUAACCAACACAGUGUGUCCUAUAAAUGUGACACAGAACUGAGACAGUUUUUAAAGAGAAGUAACUUUCAGGGAAGCCACCCAGAGAGAAAAUCUUGCAGGUGUAAUGAAUGUGGGAAGUCCUUCCACUUCCAGUCAGAAUUAAGGUGUCAUCAGAGAUGCCACACCGGAGAAAAGCCCUAUGAGUGCAGUGAGUGUGGAUGAGCCUUUGGUCAUAUCUCAUCCCUGAUUAAACACCAGAGAACUCACAUAGGAGAAAAACCCUACGAGUGCCAGGAGUGUGGCCACACCUUCAGUCAGAGUCCCUCCCUUGUCCUGCAUUACAGGUUCCACACCCAGGAGAAGCUAAAAUGUAACAAGUGUGGGAGGGCCUUUAGCCAGAGCAAACACCAGAGAACUCAUACUGGAGAAAAGCCCUAUGAGUGCAGGGAAUGUGGGAAAACCUUCAGCCAGAGCUCCUCCCUCAUCGCACAUAACAGGUUCCACAGGGAGGAGAAGCCCUACAGCUGCAACGAGUAUGGGAGGGCCUUCAGCCAGAGUGCAUACCUCACUCAGCAUUACAGGUUUCAUACCGGGGAGAAGCCCUACAAGUGCAAUGCAUGUGGGAAGGCCUUUGCCCACCCUGCAUCCCUCAUUAAACACCGGAAGAGUCAUGCUGGGAAACCCCCACCAUGA